AUGUAUCAUAUUCUACCAUUCAAUGAAUUAUAUGAACAUCAACUCCAGUCUUCAGAUUUCUUCGGAAAAUCAGAUAUUUUAUUUCUUCAAGGUUCUCCAUCAAAAUCUUCAGAAUGUUCUACGAAUAUAAGUCCAUCAUCGAGCAUACAUGAUGUUGAAGAAAAUAGUGAUGAAGCACCUGAUACGCAUGUUAAGGAGCAAACAUCAUCAACAGUAAACACGGAGCAAACUUUAUCCACGAAUGAUCCGAAUCCAUUUGGUAUUUUAUCAAUGUGUUUACCAUUGAGCUCAUCCACAUCACACUCUUCGUCGUCAUCUUCAUCAAAAAUUCUUCGUCCUCAUUCCUAUUCAAAUCAUCGUUAUGUGGUGCAUCCUUAUCCAAUUUCUCCUCAAGCUUAUUUUGCUAAUAUAGCUAAAUAUGCGGAAAAUCAGGCCACACUCACAGCAGCUACACAAUCCAUAAAUGUUCACGUUGAACAACAACAACAACAACAACAGCAACGAAAUCAACAACAAACAGUAAAUAGUAACAAUAAGUUGACAAGUUUAACAUGUGCAGUCUGUGGUGAUAUUAGUAGUGGAAAACAUUAUGGAAUAUUAGCAUGUAAUGGAUGUAGUGGAUUUUUCAAACGAAGUGUAAGAAGAAAAUUAAUCUAUCGAUGUCAAGCAGGUACGGGGAUGUGUGUCGUGGACAAAGCACAUCGUAAUCAAUGUCAAGCAUGUAGACUAAAAAAAUGUAUGCAAAUGGGGAUGAUCAAAGAAGCCGUGCAAAAUGAACGUCAACCUCGUAACAGUGCUCAAGUUCGUCCUGAUUCCGUUGAUUUUCAUUGUGAUGGUACAACAAUAUCUGUCAUGCAUUCAACUAAAGUAAACAAUAAUUUGAGUUCAAUACCAUCACCACAAUCGGAUAAAUCAGAUGAACAUUCAUCCCAAAGUGAAAACUCAUUUGAAAUGAAAAAAAACAUCAAACAAGAUGAAAAUUGUUCGAGCUAUGAUCGAGUCAACUAUGUAAAUGGAACAUCGUCAUCGAAUCAACGUCUCAUAACAACGAUAAUGGAAAAUGCUCUUUAUGCAAAUCAAAACAUGCAAACAAAUGAUUCGGUUUAUGCUAUUGCCGUACAAAUAUUGUUAAUGAUUGUCAGAUGGAUUAAACAUUUGCCAACAUUUUCUAGUUUACCAUUUAGAGACCAGGUUAUAUUAUUGGAAGAAUCUUGGUCUGAAUUAUUUCUUUUAUGGGCUAUUCAAUGUUCAUUAUCUAUUGAUGGCGGUCCAUUAUUUACAAAUCAAGAAUGUUUCAAUGAUAAAUUAUUAUUUCGAACACUGAACGAUUUACCGUAUCGUUUUAAACAACUAAAACUUGAUCCAAUUGAAUUUGCUUGUUUAAAAGCCAUUAUUCUGUUUAGAGCAGAAACAAAAAGCUUAAAAGAACCAAAAAUUGUUGAAAAUUUACAAGAUCAAGCACAAAUAACAUUAUCACAACACACUCAACUUCAUCAUCCAACGCAACAAACAAGAUUUGGUCGUUUACUGUUAACGUUAUCGUUACUUCGAUCAGUCCCAUCAUCAUUAAUUGAAAAAGUUUAUUUUUCACGAACAAUUGGUAAUACACCAAUGGAAAAACUUCUAAGUGACAUGUUUAAAAAUUAA